AUGUCCUCAUCGGAUACAUAUACAAUCGCUGCAUGGAAUAAUACUUCAGCUGCAGUCAAUCGUUAUUUUUCAAUAUUUAUAUUUCUUUUUGGUACAAUUGGAAAUAUUCUUAAUAUACUUGUUCUAUCACAACGAUCACUUCGUACUAAUUCAUGUUCAUUAUUUUUUCUUAUUUCAUCCAUAGCUAAUCUUAUUGCUAUAGUAUCUGGUUUAACAACACGAAUGUUAUCAGGUUGGACAUUAGAUUUAACAAAUACAAUUAGUUUGUUAUGUAAAUUACGUGCUUUUGCUUUAUUUGUUUCAAGAAAUAUUGCUUCAUGGUUAAUUAUGUUAGCUGCUAUUGAUCGAUGGCUUAUAUCAUCUCGUAAUGUUCGUCGUCGAGAAUUGAGUACAUUAAAAAAUGCUUAUCGUGGAAUUAUGAUUACAAUUAUUUUUUCAAUUAUUCUUUAUAGUCCAGUAUUUUAUUGUCAUGAAGCAAAUUUAAUUAAUGCUCCACUUAAAUGUUACAGCCAAACAAUUCCUUGUCGUUUAUUAAAUGAUUUAUCAUAUGCAUGUUUAACAAUAUUAUUUCCUAUGAUAUUUAUGUUAAUAUUUGGAUUAAUGACAAUUCAUAAUAUUAAUAAAGUUAAAAAUCGUAUUUAUGGAACAAGUAUUAUUGAAUUAAAACCUAUGGGAAAUACUUCAAUUCUAGAACAACCAACACAAUCAUCAAAGAAAAAAUUAGAUUCUAGACUUUUUUUUAUGCUUUUUAUACAAAUUAUUCUUCUUAGUUUAUGUACUCUUCCACAAGCUAUACAAAAAUUGUAUUCAACAUUAUUAUCAAAUGAUGGUAAAACACAAUUAAGAAUAGCGAUUGAAAAUUUUAUAUUUAAUUUAUUUCUUUUAAUGACAUAUUUUGCACAUGGAAUGCCAUUUUAUAUUUAUACAUUAAGUGGAGGAACAGUUUUUCGCAAUGCAUUAAAACAUUACAUAGAAAAAAUAUAUCAUAGAUUUUUUUAA